GUACUACCGUCUAUCGCGUCCUUUAACUAUAUAAAUAACAGUAGGUAUUUUGCGAAAAAUAUAUUUUAUUUGAAAACUCUAAUAAUUUACAUUUAAAUAGUGUUAAAUUCCGAAUUAAUAAUUAUAGUUUCUAGUUAAGUUAACAAAUAAUUUAAACUCUACCUUUUGGAUACACAAAAUAACAUAAUUGUUCACGCAUGUUAAAAUGAUUUUAUGUAAAAAGAGACAAGGUGGUGUGUAUAAUAGAAAAGACAGCCCCAAUAGUCUUAGAGGACCUAUGAAAGCGGCUAGACUCUGUAUUUUAAGUUUACUCAUACCUGGAAUUUUAGUCAUAGCUCCUCUAUACAUUCGUUACCAUGUUUAUUCAGAUCAAAAAUAUCCUUUGGCAGCUACUGACAUGAGAAUAAUAGAUCAGAGCAUAUCAACAUUUUGGUGUCAGCGUCAAGUCCUAAUUACAAAUGCAACCUUUAAUGCGUUUUUGAUGCCAGAAAAACCAAAAACAGCAUCCAAAACAGAGUUUGUUGAAAUGGAAAGGCAUAUAACAUUAGAAGAUGAUAUCAAAGAAUAUUGGGGAUUUUAUUUACUUAAAGAUUCUGUCGUAAAAGUUUCAACAUGUUCAAGAUGGCCAGGGGCAAGUUUGAUAGUAAUUAAAGGACAUAAACAUUUAAGAGAAUGUGCGUACAUAGGAGAUAAUUCCAGUGAAGAGCUUGACGAAAUCGAAUCAUCCGAAGAGGGUAAUGAUACACAUAUUCCAAAUUUCAUGAGGAAACUUACUGCCGGCAUGACCGUUCCAGACAUGGCACCCGAUGUAGUGUAUGUAACCUCGAACAUGAGUGAUAAUAACGGAAACCGUAAAUAUAUCAAGCAAUCUAGUAAAACGGUCAAUCACCAUUUAGACUUUGCAGAAGACUUAUAUCAAAAAGAACUGAAAGAAAGAAUUGAGAAUGAAGAUUACGUGGUACAAAAUAAAAAACAAAAACACGUUUACAAUGGAGAGGCAAUAAAAAACAUACCUCGAUCAAAAGAACUAAUAGAAGAAUCACUAAGGAAACUGGGUACUCAAGGUAAAGACGGAGCUGCGCUUCUACAAAAAUUAAAAGAAGUCCUUGAAAAUAAUUUAAAUGGUACGGUCAACAAUACGGAAGACUCAACUGACCGGUUACGCCAAAUUAUUGCAAACGCAAUGGCCGAUGACAACACAUCUUGGCGAGGACCUAGGUUAAGGCAUUACCGCAACCGAUUUAAAAGAUCUACAGCAAACAAUGACCAACUAAAAGAAGACCUUUUUAAACACGAUAAGGAAAAUGACGCAGCCACCGAAGAGGUUGACGCAAUAUCACCCGACGGGAUUGCACAAGUUCGCGGCAAGGUACUAGAAAACGGAACACGUAUGAUCAAAGAUCGUAGUCACAGUGAGUUUUGGUCGUCGUUUUCCAGUAGUGAAGAAAUACUAUUGGAGUGUGAGGGCUUACUAUUGAGUCUGCCUUUAGCGCCACAUUCGAAAUGUUUACCACCUAACAAGCAACCGGAUUAUGAAGCAGCCAGCUAUUCGAAUUCAGUCACUUACAAAGUUCCGAGUGAUGGUUAUUAUUUUUUUGUUUUCAAUAGUGAAAACGAAAUCCAAGACAAUUUUAUACGUAUCCAUUUUGCUAUAAACAAAACGGUGUAUGACGUAUCCCAGUCAAUUGUUUCUUGUAUUAAUACCACUGGAGAAUGUCAAUUACCAUUAAGCUUUUGGUCAAGUCAAACAGCUGUUUUAGAAAUGUUAAGACCCGGACCGAAAAGUGAUUCUGAUGACGAAUUCAUAGCUAUUUCCGUAUGCCAUCCUAGGUCUGCUAUUUAUGCUAUUUGUCUGAUAACAGCGCCCAUUAUGUUUGUAUUAUUUUCCUUCCAUUAACAAUGUGUCACGGUGUCUAGAAUGUAGCAAUAAUACAGAUGUACACAGGUCACAGUACACUAUAAAGUUAAUUGCAAAAACAAACCCAACACGUACAAUAAAUAAAUAAAAAGUAUAAUACACAAAAAGCUAAUAUGUAUUUAAGAAUUUAGAACAAAUUAAUACUUAAUAUUUCUAGUUACAUGCCAAUGUUUAAAAACUGAUUAUAAUCAUAAUUCAUAAAGUAAAGAUUUGGAGUUACUCAUACGUUUAUAUUUACGAUUCUUGUUUUAUAAAGGACUGACUUAAUCAUUUAUGAAAAUAUUUUAUAUCUAAUGUGUAAUUAUAGUUAAAGAGACUUGAUAAUUUUUUUUAUAAA